AUGCGAACUAAGCACCUCAUACUAAUAUUAAUCGGUGUGAUAAUCGCAACGAUCGUCUUUAUCGCCUUCGGACCUGCCGGCGAGCCAAACGAUUCAUUCAAGCACAUUGUGGUGCAGACGCAUCAACAGCUCAAAGAGUUUCAGGAAAAUCUGCGCGUUGGCCUGGAACGAAAGAAACUUGAGCUCGAGCCAAAGUACUUGUUGCUGCUGGGCUUCAGCUCGUCCCUCAACACCAACGAUGCAUCACAGCAGCCACUGGCAAACGCACAGCAACAACAACAACAGCAGCAGCAGCAACAACAAAAAACAGACACGCCUGUUGUGGGCAGGCACGCGGAGCAGGAGCUGAAUGAGUUGCGCUACCAGGGCAGCAACAGUUUGCAGAGCGCCACGAAUCGGCAGCAGAAGAGUCAGCGUAAACGCAUAACUACGCCGUAUAACGGCACCAAGGCGAACUUUACUAUAGUUACCUAUGUGCAGGAGGGACAGGUGGCAUCGGCAAUAUUAUGGGCACAAAACAUAGCCACGAAGCUGCCCAGCGAGUAUCUGCUGAUCUACGAUCUGGGCGUCAGCGAGGAGCAGUUGCGCUCACUGAGUGCUUACUGUAACAGCAGUCGCUGCGCCGUCAUCACCUACGAUCUAUCCGAGUUUCCAUCGUUUGUCGAUGAUCAGCGCACGCAUGCAUAUCGCCCCAUUGUGAUUAAGGACGCGCUAAUGCGCGCCAAGUGCGUGCUCUUUACUGAGAACUACAUGCGCUUGCGUGGCGGCCAGCGCGAGCUGCAGGAGCUGCAGAAGCGUGUCAUGGUCUCCGGCGUACUUGGCUGGAAUACGCCCACAGCUGUAUCCUCGCGUACGCAUCCCAAAAUGUUUGAUUACUUUGAAUCCGAUGCGGAUGAUUUUAAUUUUCUGCGCAUGGUCGAUCUCGAUGCAGUUUUCUUUGUCGAUACGCUAUUCGUUACGGAGAAGAUAAUGCUGCCCUGGCUAAGAUGUGCGCUUACUAUGGAAUGCAUCGAUCCAAUUGGUGCUCAAUCAAAUGGAUGCAAGUAUAACAAAAAACCAUCAUAUCGCUAUUCCGGUUGUCAUGCCUAUGAUGCGUCAGCUUUCAAUGUGGUGCUGGGUGUAACCUGGCAUUUGGAUGAUACCAAAUACUCGCUGCCCGCCAAUGCCGCUGUGCCGAUGUUCUAUAAGGAGACGCUGGAGCAGGCCACCAAAAUAUUGGAGAGUCGACGACGCAAUAGCAGCAGCACAUCCGAUCAUCCAUUUACGGAGGACUGAGCUGUCGGACAAGACACACACAUACACACACACACUCACUCAGGAGCCGCUGGAUCAAAGCAUAACUUAUUGCUUUAGAAAAAAUUUAUUAUAAUUAAUAGAGUAUUGAUUAUUUUUUUAUUUUGUUUGUGUUUAACAUUGAAUACAGACGAGAAGAGGAAAAUUUUUAGUGAUUUAGUUACUUAGGUUUAUAUAGUUUUGGGCCAUACAUGUGCCAGACCAGUGCAGAGCAGCAGCUUCUAACUAAUAUUUAGUGCUAGAUUUAGUUAAAAACACGCCUUAGUUACUUAUUUGGACAGUCUAUGAUUUGAGAUACGUCUGCCUAACUUGAAACACUUUUGUAAAUAAAUAUACAUACGUAUUUAUAUACAUACAUAUAUAUUUUGUGAUUGUAUUCAAUAGUUACACAACGUACAUAAUAAAUUCAAUUAACUAAAUACAAUUAUAUAACUAUGUACCAUAUGCAAAUGAGCCAAAAACAAAAGAAACAAUCUAAGCUAAGUAAACUUAACAAAUAAAAUAUAAA